AUGACGGCGACUACAACUUCAGAGCUUUGGUCUUUAAAGGCACAUAAGACGGCGCAGUCCUGGUUCACCGGCGGCUCCGCCUCCCCCAGCACCGCCGCGGAGUCGCAGCCCUCCCUGCUCGCCGACUGGAACUCCUACGCAGCCACCCGGUCGGACGUCUCCUCCUCCUCCCCCCUCCCGUUCGACAUCGAGGCCGCCGUCCGCUCGGCCAACGACACCGUCUCCGGCACCUUCAAUGUGGUGUCCAAGGGCGUGCGGGAGCUGCCGGGGAGCUUCCAGGGCGCCACCAGCAGCUUCCCCUCGGGGAAGACGCUCAUGUACUUCGGGCUCUUCCUCGCCACCGGCAUCUUCUUCGUCUUCAUCGCCUUCACGCUCUUCCUCCCCGUCAUGGUGCUCAUGCCGCAGAAGUUCGCUAUCUGCUUCACACUUGGCUGCGCUCUCAUCAUCGCUUCGCUCUUCGCGCUCAAAGGGCCCGCCAACCAGCUCGCCCAUAUGACGUCAAAAGAGAGGCUACCAUUUACAGUGGGGUUCACCGGAUGCAUGGUUGGCACAAUUUAUGUCUCUAUGGUGCUUCACAGCUAUUUUCUGUCGGUGAUAUUCUCAAUCCUUCAGGUCCUUGCUCUUGCUUACUACACCAUAUCCUACUUCCCUGGAGGCUCUAGUGGAUUGAAGUUUCUCUCGUCAAGUCUCCUGUCCCCAGUAUCAAGAAUUUUUAGCUCGUAA